CUUUCGGUUGUGUUUAUGCUUAACAAAAAUAUGACUUAUUCUAAUGCAAGUAUCAUGAGUUGGGGUAGCAGUAAUUCAUAUUCGUCAAAUAACUCUCCUCGAAGGGUAUCUGAUGACAUAGCGUCAUUGGAUUCAUGGUCUGAUGCACUUGAUUUGUCGAACGAACAGCCGUUAGGGCCGGAAAACCCUGGUGGCAGUUGUGCAAAGUUAGCGGCCCAAACUCUUGGCCACAACCAGAGCACGAAACAAGGAAGACGAACUUUUAAUAUUCUGACUCAGAAUCCUAUCGCAGUACCCACACAUAUACCAGACACAAAACAUGAUUUUUCUUCCAGUAAAAAAAUUCACAAGAGGGCCAAAGAAAUGCAGGAAGUAAUGCCUGUUGCUAGACAUAGUGAGAUUGCAAAAAAACUUUCACAAUUAUCAAGUGGACCAAAGCAGAUUUCAGAUGAAUAUUCUAUCAAUGGAGAACCAUCAGCUUCUGUGUCACCUCAAACGAGAAACGUGCCAACUGAUCGAACUUCCUGUAGUGUUGAUCAACAUCCUCAUGUGUAUAAAUCUAAAUUAUACAGAUGCCUUCCUCAGGAUUUUCCUCAGACAAUUGAUAGUCCGACUCAUUGUGAUAAAAACACUGGCAAUCAAAGGUGUUUCACCCAGCAUGUGCGACGCAAGCUCAGUGACACUAGUCGAGAUCAGAUUGUUGAUGGUGAUAAAGUGAAAACAAAACUUUUGUCUGCUUGGAAUAAUAUGAAAUAUGGUUGGACAAUGAAGACUAAAGCCAAUUUCAGAUAUGACAGUCCAAUAUAUUUGCUUGGACAGUUGUAUCAUCGGGACCGUCAGAUGGAAGACAGAGAACUUCUUGAUACAAAAAAUCAUCUAAAAAAUGUGGAUGAAUUUCAUCAAGACUACUCUAGUCGAAUCUGGUUUACCUAUCGUCGUGAGUUCUCUCCUCUGGCUGGCACCAAAAUGACGACAGACUGUGGCUGGGGCUGUAUGCUUCGCAGUUGUCAGAUGAUGGUUGCUCAGGCUUUCGUUCUGCACUUCCUAGGAAGAGAAUGGCGAGUGUAUGGCUCACAGACGAGAGAGCAGAACACAUUUUAUCACGAGAUUAUUCGCUGGUUUGGAGACCAUGAGUCUGACAAAAUGCCUUUCUCUCUUCACAAGCUGGUUGAUAUCGGCUGCAGGUUGGGGAAAAACCCUGGCGACUGGUAUGGUCCGUCAUCUGUGUCUUUCAUAUUCAGAGAUGCACUGAUGAAAGCAGAACGGUCUUUGCCCAUCUUGAAUACUAUUUGUUUGUAUGUAGCUCAUGACUGCACAGUCUACAUUCAGGAUGUUGUUGACCUGUGUACUGCCAACAGAAAGUCUAGUUUUACCUCGAGCUCUUCAUCCGAAAUGUCAGAGUCCAGGGCACCUGCUGUAAAGUCUACACAGGAUGAGUGGAAGCGGGCGGUGAUCAUCCUGAUCCCGAUGCGACUGGGCGGAGAGAGUCUCAACGAGAUCUAUAUUCCGUGUGUACAGAGCAUGCUCAGUCACGACAACUGUGUGGGAGUCAUCGGCGGUAAGCCGAAACAUUCCAUGUACUUCGUGGGCUUCCAAGAUGAUAAACUGAUCUACAUGGAUCCUCAUUAUUGUCAGGACAUGGUGAACACAACAAAACCUGACUUCCCCGUUCAUACUUUCCACUGUGUGUCCCCGAGGAAGUUGUCCUUUUCUAAGAUGGAUCCCAGCUGCACUGUUGGUUUCUACUGUAGAUCGUAUGAAGACUUCUACAAGUUUGUUGAUGAGGCAGAAAAGUUUGUGGUUCCGCCCAAGCAGAAAGGCCAGUACCCUCUGUUUAUCUUCUCAGAGGGCCGAAGCACGGAUGUCUCUCUUGACAUGAGUGAACACAAGGAAAAGGGAUUUCUCAAGAUACGGCAUUAUAGAAAAGACAAAGAUGGCCGUAUCAGAUCACCAACUGUGGAUUCUGAGGAAUAUGUCAUAUUGUGAUUGAAAAAUACAGAGAGGAUAUUUCUUUUUUAUCAGUGGGGAUGUAGUGCAUAUGAUAAAAUGUAUGAAACAUUAGUGAACGUUUAGGCUCAAAAACGGAUAUAUCACUGGUGUAAUAUAUACCGAUGGAAACAACAAAUGCAAGUUUUUUUCAGUGGUAAAUAUUUCAAAUAUUUUAUUGAUGAUUAUUUCAUGGUUUGGAUUUUUAGGUUAUGUCUUCAUCACUAAAUAAAUUUUGACAAGUUAUCAUAGACGGGGUUUACAUGGAUAACGUUGAACUGUGGUUACCCUACGCUAUUUCCUGAUCCAUGUUAAUAGCGUGUGUGCCAACCCCGGGCUGUAGUCACUGCUCUAACUCUCCUUACCAUUGUCCCAAUCAAGUUGUUUAUGGUCCUUUGUGGGAUGUUAUUCCACUCAUGAAGAAGGGCCUGCGUGAGCUGAGCGAUGUUGUUUAUGGUCCUUUGUGGGAUGUUAUUCCACUCAUGAAGAAGGGCCUGCGUGAGCUGAGCGAUGUUGUUUAGGACGUUGACGCACUUCGUGACCCUCCUGUCCAGCUUGUCCCACAUAUGCUUGAUCGGGUUCAAACCUGGACUGUAGGAUGUCCAUUCGAGCACUGGAACAUUGUUUUAGUAACGGAAGUUAAGACAAACCCUUGCAACGUGUGGCCUCGCAUUAUCCUGCUGCAACAUAAUGUUACGUGCAUGGAUAAGUGGAAGGAUAAGUGGGAGGACGUGAGGCCUGAUGACCUGAUCCCGAUAUCGUAAGGGCUGUAAUAUUGCCCUGGAUGACCACGAGAGGUGUUUUUUCACGCCAUGAUAAAUUACCCCCAAACCAUAAUGGACCCUCCCCCAAAUCUGUCGUUUUCCUCAAUGCAUGUGUCUGAAUAUCGCUCACCUCGACGUUGUCAUCCACCUGACCUGUAAAGUGAGAACCGAGACUGAUCUGUGAAUAACACACAUCUCCAGUGGGCCAGGUGAAACCGAUUUGGUGCAUGUGCAUGCAGCCAUUGCAAUUGAUGUUGACGUUGCUUGGGUAUAAGUUGUGGACCAACGUAGGAACGUCAUGGCCUUAAGUUGAACUCCCACAACCGAUUCGUAAACAUUCAUGGACACACUGGGUGACCAUGAGUGCCUACAACCUAACCCACUAUCUCUGUAGCCGUCUGAAAUUGGUUACAGAGGUGUGUGAGACGUAUGCCUCUAUCUUGUAACAUUUGUAGCAUUUUGCUUUUCAAUCGUGUUGAAAUGAAAUGUUGUGCACUCGAUGUGUACUGUUCAAAAUUUCGAUUUGGUAUGGUGUUCAAGUCCAUAGUACGUGGCAGUGGUCCGGAUACACGCUUUCUUGACAAAUCGGUAAAAAGUAUGCAGUUUCACACGUGCACACGGUUGACCCAAAUUUAACCAAAAGAUUCUUUAGACAGUUCAACGAGGUAGCUAUGUGUAAAAUGUUACUACAUUUGGUAUACAGAUAAAAAAGGUAUAUUACCAAAACUGAACUUGCGUUUGUUUUUUCCGCCAGUAUACAUGUAGAACAGGUCAGUUUGAGGCAGUGGCUCAUUGACUUUCUGGUAUGUCUUUUACUAUGUUCAGUUUUCAACACAACCCGUAAAUCGGUGCUUGUUCAGGUUGCGUUAGGUUAGGAGAAGCAAAAGUACUGGAAAAAAUCCAAUAAAACUAUAACAUGAUUCAUUCAAAACUCUCACAGUUCUUUGACUCUGAAAUAUAUAUCCUGUAAAACUUUAUCAUCCGUAAAUGAGACAAUUUUUUUUUAUGAUCUUGUUAUCAGAAAUGAAAUUCAGAAAACUAUAAUAAAUGACCUUGAGGUAAAAGUGUAAUAACAGAAACGCAAAAAAAAUACAUUAUUAAAAAAAACCCCUAAAUAAUACUACUCAAAAGCAAAACAAAACUGAAUAAAAACAUGUUAUGUGUAAAAUGCAUAGUCUUGUCAAAAUUGUAAAUGAAUAAAAUGAUUCAUGCUUUCUUUCUUCAAUAUGAAGCAUUUGCAGGUGAUGAUCAACUGUACAUACGUUGCACCCUGAUAUUAUUAGUGUUGUGUUUCUCUUAUUAUGACUCUUACAGGACUUCUAGAUUAUGGUAGCCCCACUCCCAUGGCUAGUGAUAUUCAGUGUAGGGCUAGUAAAUAACUAUUAUUGCCAUGCCGGACGGCUAGUGAAAACAAAGUUGUCAA